AAGUGUGUGACGUCACAUUUGGUUGUCAUGGCAAUACUUCCCUAAACAGUAGGUUAGACGGAUUUUUCUUCUUUCGUGUUAUUCGUCAGUUUGAAAGUUUUUCUUUCGGUGAAUUAAUGUGAGGUCGCUGAUUAGACAUGCUGCUUGGACAGAAAUACAAACCCAAGUGUCGGGAAGUUACCGGCCCUACACCUCACUCAGUGGCAGUGCGAGCCAAACAGCCACCGAGCAGACCCUCCGAUUACCUGAUAGUGGAACGAAGGAAACAGGAUGCUGCUCACAAAAAAGUGCUGGAGUUUACCAAGGACCAAAGUGCCUGUGAUCGGAGAAUAUGCUGGGAAAGGAACACAGAUCAAAAGAUGGUGUCUGCCACUAUCGAGCGACGUGUCCAGGAGGCAAUGGAAAAGUAUGAGUUGAGCAUCGAUGAACGGAGAGAAAGGCUGCGUAAAAUGCUGCUGUCUGAGGAGAGAGAAUUGUUGCAAGAGAUGGACUCAAAGCAAGACUCUGUGCUUGUAAGGCAAGCCAGGAUGUGUGAGAGAGCGAAGUACCUGCAGGAGAAAAGAGAAAGUGAGAGGAAGAAGGUGGCUGCUGAGAAGCUUGAUCAACUGUUCAGAGAGCAGAGCGACGAGUUCCGGGCCUUGCAAAUGCGCCAGCACCAGGAUGAGGUCUUCACAGAGCGUGCAGCACAGAUCCAAACACGCAGAGAAGAGCGUCAACUGCAGCAGGAGGAAGAAAUGCUGUUUGCACAGCUGUGGGAAAAAGAUCGUCAGGCCAAAGAGCAGCGUGAGGACCUGAAGGUUCAGCGUCAGAAAGAGAACAACUUGCAGCAGUUGGCUUUUCUGCACAUUCAGAUGGAAGCUGCAGAGCAACAGAGGCUGCAGGCCAAACAACUCAAAGAAGAAGAGGCCCAGUUACUGCGAGAUCAGAGGGAGAUGUUGCGUCUGGAAGAGGAGCGAGAACACAGACAGAAGUUCCAGAAUCAGGAGAACUGGCGCAGGCAACUAGACACCUCGCUGCGUCUGAAAUUGAAACGCCUGGCACGAGAAGAGCAGGAAGAUCUGGCUUUGGACAUGAGCAUCCUGGAGCAGCUGCUCACAGAGGUGAAGGACGAGAAAAAAGAAGAGGUUCUUAGGAAGCUGGAGCUAGGUGAGGAGCAGAAAAGGUAUCGUCAGUACAUGGCGGAACAGCUGGAGGAGCAGAAACAGCACGAGGCUGAGACAGAGCAGGUGAUAGAGGCUGAGCUGCAACAGAUAUGGAAUCGCAGGGCUGAAAAAAACCGUCUGGUGAAAGAAGCCAGAAACCGGCUCAUGAAGGAUGUGCUGGACACACAGCGCUUACAAAUUCAAGAAAAGUUGGAUAGGAAUGCUCAGAAACAGGCUGAACUGGCUACGGAGAGAGAAGAGCUGAAUAGAAUAAUCCAGGAACACAAGCUGCUGGAAGAACAGAAAAAAACACGUCUCAGGGAAGCAUGUCGGGAAUAUAAAGCUGGUCUGUCAGCACAGAUAUUGGACAAUCAGCGCCUGUGUGAGGUCAAAAAGGCAGAGAAUGACCGGGAGGACAAAAGGUAUCUUAUGGAGCAGGAGAAUUUUAAUAAAAAGGUGAAGGAUUUGCUGUCCAGGCCGACAUCACAUACCACAGCAGUUCACCCUUUUAGAAGAAGAAGGGAUCAUCUAACGAGUAACUGAACCUGCUCAUAUCAAUAGCGUGAUUCUGUGCUGAGAAUUUCACACACACAGUAAAACUUCAGUGAGUUCUCCUGCACCUAAUAGGUGUUAUAGAUACAGUAUUUAUCUCACAGAAGUGAGUAAACCCCUCACAUUAUUGUCAAUAUUUUGUAUCUUUUCAUGUGACAACACUAAAGAAAUGACACUGUACUACAAUAUAAAGUGAGUGUACAGCUUGUAUAACUGUGUAAAUUUGGUGUCCCCUCAACACACAGCCAUUAAUGUCUAAAAUGCUGGCCACAAAAGUGAGUACACCCCUAAGUGAAAAUGUCCAAAUUGGGCCCAAAGUGUCAAUAUUUUGUGGCCACCAUUAUUUUCCAGCACUGCCUUAAACCUCAUGGGUGUGCAGUUCACCAGAACAUCACAGGUUGCCACUGUAGUCCUCUUCCACUCAUCCAUGAUGACAUCACAGAGCUGGUGGAUGUUAGAGACCUUGCGCUCCUCCACCCUCUGUUUGAGGAUAACCCACAGAUGCUCAAUAGUGUUUAGGUCUGGAGACCUGCUUGGCCAGUCCAUCAUCUUUACCCUCAGCUUCUUUAGCAAGGCAGUGGUUGUCUUCAUGGUUUCCUCAAUGAACUGUAGCUCCCUAGUCCCAGCAGACCAUGACACUCCCCCCACCAUGCUUGACUGUAGACAAGACACACUUGUCUUUGUAUUCCUCCCCUGUUUGCCGCCACACAGGCACACCAUCUGAACCAAAUAAGUUUAUCUUGGUCUUAUCAUAUCACAGGACAUGGCUCCAGUAAUCCAUGUCCUUAGUCUGCUUGUCUUCAGCAAACUGCUUGUGGGCUUUCUUGCGCAUCAUCUUUAGAAGAGGCUUCCUUCUGGGACGACAGCCAUGCAGACCACUUUAAUGCAGUGUGUGGCGUAUGGUCUGAGCACUGACAGUCUGACCCCCCACCUCUGCAGCAAUGCUGACAGCAUUCAUAUUUAGUCUAUUUCCCAAACACAACCUCUGGAUAUAAUGCUGACCACGUGCACUCAACAUCUUUUUAGACCAUGCUGAGACCUGUUCUGAGUGGAACCUGUCCAGUUAAACCACUGUAUGGUCUGGGCCACUGUGCUGCAGCUCAGUUUCAGGGUCUGGCCGAUCUUCUUAUAGCCUACACCAUCUUUCUGUAGAGCAACAAAUCUUUUUUUCAGAUCCUCAGAGAGUUCUUUGCCAUGAGGUGCCAUGUUGAACUUCCAGUGACUAGUAUGAGAGAGUGAGAGCGAUAACACCAGCAAAUGUAACAGCAAAUUUACACAGUUAUACAAGCUGUACACUCACUACUUUACAUUGCAGCACAGUAUCAUUUCUUCAGUGUUGUCACAUGAAAAGAUAUAAUAAAAUAUUUACAAAAGAAAUGUGAGGGGUUUACUCACUUCUGUGAGAUACUGUAUAUAAGCUGAUAUAAAGCAUCUUUGAAUUGUGAUGAAGAUGUGGUAAAGGAAUAAAUAAAAAACCUACAACCUC